GGAAAGCAGGAGAAGAACGGUCCGCGAAGGGAACAGGAAGGAAGAUGGCGUUGCAGCGGGUUUUUGGGGUUUUGCUGCUGAGCCUGGGGCUGGUGGCCGCACAUACGGGACAGGUGCCCUUGCUGGCUUGGUCGAGUCACAGCUCCUUGUGGUCCCCUUUGGCAGCUCCCCAUGAGGGGCAUGUGGUGACUGAAGCUCAGCUUGCAUCUUUACUGGACUCAGCAGUAGACAGUGGCCCUCACAAUGUACUGCUGUUCCUUCAGGAGAAACUUAGCAUUGAGGAUUUCACAGCGUAUGGUGGAGUGUUUGGAAAUAAGCCAGACAGCGCCUUCCCCAAUCUGGAGAAUGCCUUGGGAGCAGCUCCCUCUUCCUUGGUGCUUCCCUCUGUCGACUGGUUUGCAGCUGGUGCUGUCCCUGCCUUUUUGAAGGCCAAGCUGGGCAUUUCACCUCUUCACGUGGACCAGAACACUCUGCAGGAGCUGAAGCUCAAUGCCAGCCUCCCUGCCUUACUGAUGGUGCGAUUGCCUUAUACCACCGGCUCUAGUCUUAUGGCCCCAAAGGAAGUUCUGACCAGCAAUGAUGAGAUCUUGGGACAGGUUUUGAGCGCUCUGCAGUCAGAGGAUAUUCCUUACACAGCCAUCCUGACAGCUCUGCGGCCUUCCAGGGUUGCCCGGGAUGUUUCUGAUGUGGCUCCAGAGAAGCUAGGGCGACAGCUGCUUCAGAAGGAGACAGCAUUUGCACCUCUUCGUUACCCCAAAACUGGGACCCCAAAAAUACUCUUCUGGGCCAGUAAUUUCUCAGUGACCAUCAACAAGACACAGUUUGACCUAACCAACUUAACGUUUGGCCCUGGUGCCACAGUUGAUGCGGAAAAGUCUGCCUGGAAUCUCAAUGCUUCUACGUUGCUACUGAAAUAUCCAAAUAUAGGCGGGAAACUAUUAGAAAUCAGAUUUAAAAUGACAAAUGCCAGUUAUCCCAUUUCUAAGCGGGACUGGUUUGUCCUCCACACUGUGGAACUGGUCAGAUCUGGAUACCCUCCUGCUGUCUUCAACGCUACCCAAAUCACGGCCCCUACCAACUACUCCUUCAGCUGUGCUUGUGUCAGCAGUGAACCAUCUCUGGGGGGCAUCUUGGUCCCUGCCAAAAAUGCCACCCAGUGGAAACUGACGAUCAUGAAUUUUCAGAUCCAAAGCUACCAGCUGACAAAUGAAACAUUUUCUGAUGCUAGUGACUGUGCUGGUUUCUUUUCUCCUGGAAUCUGGAUGGGUUUGCUCACCUCAUUGUUUCUUGUUGCUAUCUUCACCUAUGGCCUCCACAUGGUCAUGAGCCUCAAGACUAUGGACCGAUUUGAUGACCCCAAGGGGCCUACCAUCUCUGUGCCCCAGACAGAAUAGUGGCCAGUUCACGUGCAUCUUCAUAUCAAAAAAGUGGCCAGCUUGUGUACCCCCAUAUUCUGCCCAUUCCAUCUGUCAUUUCAUCUUCCCAAUCCAAAACACGAUGCACUAAAUUCUAUUUGGUCCUAGGCCUUUACCUUGUAUAGCUGCUUCCUCACUCACAUCCCCCUCCUUAUUUUUCUCUCCUCAACCUAAUAUUCCUGGAGACAAACUGUAAGUAAAUGGAGAUAUAGUUUUCAUACUGGAUAGAUGGACAUCCUAUGUUUUGCACACUGCUGAGACUAUCUGCACUGAGGUUUGCUGAGGCUGUAUCUCUUCAGAGAAAACCACCAUUCCCUUCGCAUUUCUACUGGACAGAAAUAACCUUACCUUGUAAUGUAAAGUGGUGUACAUUUUUGGUCAAUUAUUUUUCCCCCUUGCCUUACCCAGAUCCCUUUUUUGCACCCAUUCUGCUGUAUUCCAAGUAGUUCUUCUCCCCUUGUCCUUAUUUAUUUGUGGUUCUUGUGAUUAGUUCUGUUUAUAAUAACUCAAGUGUUUGGGACUUGAUGCUGCUCGUGAUCAGGUUGGGUGGGGUUUCUUUCUCAUGACCCACUUGCUGUUCCAGCAAUUUGAAAGAUGCAAAUAAAGGAGAGAGAGUUGGAUCGGUGCAGUGUGUGCCUAAGUGUUGGGUGGUAGCAGUUCCUUGUGAGCUAUGAAGGACUAGAGAUUCUGAAACACCUUUUGAUUUAGUUGAACCCAUGGAACAUGGUUUACUAUUUGAAUAUAUAAUCUUUCUUUUCUCCCAGUCUAUUGCAAACGCCAAUUAUGAAUGCUGCUUUGUGCAUUCUGAUGUACUGAUUUUUAGAUGUGUAUUAAGGCAGGAGG